AUGUUUGAAAGCUUCUGCUUUAUAAUUGCUGGCCACCUUGAUAAUCCAGUUUUUGAAAUGGAGUUUUUGCCACCUGGGAAAGCAGAAUCCAACGAUGAUCAUCGUCAUCUGAACUGGCUCAUCGCUCACACUGCCCUCAGCCCCAUAGCUGAGAACACGUGGCUGCCCAACCAUAGAAACGGGUAUGCUGCGGACCAAUUCAAGGACUGGUUUGUUUCGGCAUUUGUUCCUGCAGGUCACGUGCUUCCUGACAGAAGGCAAGAAGAUGGAAUAAAGCACUUAUUUAUUGAUGACUGUGAUUUAUACAUAAAGUUUGCAAUGAAUCCACAUUAUGAACCCAAUUCUCCUGCUUGA